ACCGGUGCCUGCGCAGUGUCGGAGCGUGCGUGGAGCUGUCCCAUCGCUAAGAGAUUCGUGGUUCACAGACCCAGGACGUCAAAGUUGGGUGGUGGUUUCAACUACCCAAGCCAGGCCGCGGUUUCCUGCUCUAGCGAGAGACAAAGCAGGUGGUCGCUUGCCAGUCGCCGCGCGCCGGCUGAGUGAGCCAAGCUGCGCUCAUUUCCGCCUCGAGAGCGGCGGCUCCAGCCGGGGAAGACAACUACUCCUCCGUCAGCCUGAGGCUUGCUGGCGGCCGAGGUUCACUUGCAGACGGCCCCACUGGCAGCGUCCUGUCUUCUGACAUGCCCAGCUCAAAAUUUACGCACGAGACACUUCCUGUGAACGUACUGCUGGGACCACUAAGUCACUAACCAGUUUCCUACCAUACUUCCAGUGUGUCUACGCGAGUGAAACAAAUACCGACGUCAUAGCUUACUAAUCCUCCUAGGUGAAGGAGAGGUGACAGACACAGCGUAGGCAUACAAUAUGUAGUUUUCAGCAAACGUCGUGCUUCCAUUCCAGUGGCUGUUGAAAACCUCUCUUCCAACAGCUCGCAAAGUAUCAGGAAAAGCUAAUGAAAGGGAAGUACAAGGAAUUUGCUACUUAAUAUUACACGUAACAGUGACGGAAAAAUGCGGAUUGACCUGUGUCGCAUUUAAAUGUUGGAAUUCCGCGACGUGCGUUCGUCUUACAGGAAGGGCUUCCAGGUUUAACUGAAAAGCAAGAACAGAGGAAUUAUAGAGGAGACUCUCGUGGGUUAACAUAAACGUACACUGGAGGAAGGACCCAAGGAUUACGGCGACGGCAAUGGACGAAGUAAGUCACGUUCGUCUCGACUGACCAGCCCAUCGACAACGGCAGACUAUGGUGGCGGCCACAGUUGGAGGAAUGUCCCUCGUUGCCUGCGCAGCCAUCUUCGUGCAACUCGCCUCCAUGUCUUCAGUAGCUCUGCAAAGUCACCCACAGUCGACGACAUCUCUGAGCGCACUGGCGCUGGUGUCUGGUUCCGGAUCGGCUGCGGCGGCGACGCCUGGCAAGCUGCGGCACGAAGGCGGCGGGGGCGGCGGGUCGGCGGCGGCCGCCGGCAACACGCUGGCCGCGCCCUCCGUCUUCGUCACGAGCAACUCCACUGUCGUGGUCGCCCAGGAGGGCGGCACCGCCACGCUGCCCUGCGUCCUGCGCAAGUUCGCAUCCGGCGUUGUGUCGUGGAUACGACGCAAGGACUACCACCUACUCACCGUGGGGCUGGCAACGUACAGCAGCGACGACCGAUUCCUGGUGGUGCACGCGCGGCAUCUGCAAAGCUGGGGCCUGCAGAUAAAAUUUGUGCAGCCGCGUGAUGCCGGGUGGUACGAGUGCCAGGUUUCUACGCAUCCGCCCACGAGUAUUUUUGUGGAGCUUAAAGUAACAGAGGCGGUGGCGGAGAUUGCCGGAGCUCCGGACCUGCACCUGCGCAGUGGCAGCGAGCUGCGGCUGAUCUGCAAGUUGAGGCGGGCCACGGAGGCGCCGGUGUUCGUCUUCUGGUACCACGACGACCGCAUGAUCAAUUACGACGAGGACCGCGGCGUGGCUGUGAGCAAGGGGCGUGGCGGCAGUCAGCUGCUCAUCCCGAGGGCGGAGCGCACGGACUCCGGCAACUACACGUGCGCGCCCUCCAACGCGAGGGCCGCCAGCAUCACCGUGCACGUGCUCGAAGCAGAGAAGCCGGCACCGAUGCAGCAGGACACGCGCAAGGCGUCGGCGUCGGCGGCGGCCGCGGCCCCGUGGCCGGCGUCGGCGGUCUUCCUGACGCUUCAGCAGCUGCUGCUGCUGCUGUCGCUGAUGACGCUGACCGCGGCGUCGUGGAGCUGA